UACGUCAAGUGUAAUCUACUUCAGAAAAGUGCUAAACUUAAAGUAGUGAAGCAACAAACACUUAAUUUCGAUGAAAAAGCAGAUUAAGAUGAGCUCUUUGCUCAUUUAUAAUAAGUUUAAAAGCUAGACAUUCGCACGGCGCACGGGCUUUUGAAGGUAAUUUCUGUGACUGGAAAGUUUAGUUACGCAAACCAAUAAGUUUAAUAGGCCCCUAAAAAAUCCAAGUUCGAUUUUUCAAAGGAUACUGUUUUUAUUUGUGUUAUUUCCUAAUUAUAUCGUAUGUUUUGCAAAUUCGAGUGAGAUCUUUAUAAAUUCUUAAGAACACUUUUGAUCAUUUUCGGCCCUUAAUUUUGUCUCUUGUGCACUGAAAAUUACAUUUUGCCUUUGAGCUUUGAAGGUGAACAAAUAACGGAUCCGUGAACGUGAAACUAUUACCAGUAAUCUGAAGAAGGAUAUCCACACUGAGGAUGAUUUUCCGAAUCAUCAACCACAUUUUGGUCCUCGCAGCCACCGCUGACGCCUACAAAAUCUUGGUUUUAUUCCCUAUUGCCUCGUACAGCCAUCAACGCCCUAUUCUACCACUGAUAGAGCGACUGGUUCAGGACGGCCAUGAAGUGUUUGUAAUCAAUCCUAACACAGUACCGGGAUUGGAAAAUCACGCUAACUACACACAUGUCGACACUUCUUUUACUUAUGAAUUCUUCAAAGAUCCGAAGAAAGAAGGUUUUAUCGACUUCCAUCAAAAGCUGACCAAAUGGAAAAUGACUCAACAAUUCGAACUUUGGGCAAACACUAUCACAAAAAUACUCCGCAGUGAAAACUUCCUAAACUUCAAACAGCGCGUGGAGUCCGAAAGCAUCCAAUUCGACGUGGCCAUCCAAGACACCUGGGACACCCCGUACUUCUGCGCGAUAGUCCGACUCCUGACCCGUUCUGCCCCGAUCAUCUCUUUGGCGACGGUGUCCGUGGACCCUCUUGUUGAGCCCCUCCUGGGCACCCCGUACCACUUGUCCUUCACGCCGUCGCUAUUCGACCACUACACGGACAAGAUGACCCUGUGGCAGCGCCUGGAGAACUGGUUCUCGCACCACUAUAUAGUCCGCAGACUCAUGGGCACGAUGGAGGAGGUCGCACGGCGGCAUUUCAGGGACCAGUUCGGGAGGGAUAGCGAGAGCCUUGUCGAGGGAUGCUGCUCCAACAUCAGUCUCAACUUGAUCGCGUCCAACUCGCUGUACUUCUACCCGAGGCUUCUCGGGCCCAACGUCAUCGAGUUGGGGCCGCUGCAUCUCAAACCACCCAAGGCGCUGCCGAAGAACUUGCUGGAUUGGAUGGACGGAGCGGAAGAAGGGGUAAUAUAUUUCAGUCUCGGGAGCAACAUGAAGAGCAAAGCUCUGCCAGAGAAUGUGCGAGGCAACCUGUUGAGAUUUUUCCGGGAGUUGCCACCUGGCUACAGAGUCUUGUGGAAAUGGGAGCUGGAUGGGAAAAUUCCGGGACAAUCCGACAAUAUUUUGCCCCAACAAUGGCUUCCACAGGACAGUAUCCUCGCUCAUCCUAAAAUUAGACUAUUCGUUACUCAAGGAGGCCUCCAAAGUUUCCAAGAGGCGGUUCACUUCGGAGCGCCCAUGGUCGGAAUUCCGUGGAUAGUGGAUCAAUUCUGCCAAGUGGCGAAAAUCGUCGAUGCCCAAAUCGGAGUCCAAUUGAGUCCGGAAGAUCUUCAUUCGUUCGAGAGAAUUAAGGAAGCAUUUGAGACAGUUUUAUAUGAUAAAAGCUAUGCGAGAAACGUGAAGAAACUAUCUGCCAUCUCACACGAUUUCACUUCUCAGUCAAUGGACAAGGCGGUGUUUUGGAUACAGCACGUGGCCCGGCACAAAGGAGCUGCACAUUUAAGACCAGCAACCGCUCAUUCAACACUAUUUGAGUAUCUCUGCCUCGACAUCUUAUCUGUGAUAUUAAUUUUUAGUAGUGGUAUUUUAAUUGCAAUUUAUGCUGCUUGUACAUUUUUAAUAUCAAAAUAUGUUCAAAAGGUGUCCAUAAAAUUAAAACGAUCUUAAUUUAUUA